AUGGCAACGCCCACAAAGCUAUACACCUUAUCUCUAUUACUGGCUUUCCUCUUCCCUUUCUCCAACUCUCUUCAGUUGGAUGGCGGUAACCUCUGCCUGUCGGAAAAACAUGCUUCCUUAUUCAUAUUUGGGGAUUCGUUCUUCGAUGCCGGAAACAAUAACUAUAUCAACACCACUACCAAUUUCCAGGCAAAUUUUGGCCCGUACGGUGAAUCCUUCUUUAAGUACCCCACCGGUAGAUUUUCCGAUGGCCGUAUAAUCCCAGAUUUCAUUGCUGAGUAUGCAAAGUUGCCGUUAAUUACGCCAUAUCUACAUCCGGGUUAUAAUCGUAAUUAUAUUGAUGGGGCAAACUUCGCAUCAGCGGGAUCUGGUGCUCUUGUUGAAACUCAACAAGGAUCGGUGACAGACCUACAUUCUCAACUAAGUUUUUUCAAGAACUUGGCGAGGUUGUUUAGAAAAAAGUUAGGCAACACAGAAGCCAAGACAUUUUUGGGUAGAGCAGUUUACUUAAUUAACACUGGAGGCAACGAUUAUUCAAUCCCUUUCAUUACGAACUCCAGCCUGCUUCAGUCCAUUUCUCAACAAGAAUUUGUAGAUAUGGUGAUCGGCAACUUGACUAUUGUGAUCAAAGAAAUAUACAAGGAAGGAGGAAGGAAAUUCGGGUUUCUGAGCAUGCCGCCAUUGGGUUGUUUACCAUCCACGAGAGCACUAAAACCAGGAAAUACAGGUGCAUGCUUUGAGGGAAUGACAGCACUAGCAAAGCUGCAUAAUGAAGCAUUCCCUAAAGUCCUCCAGAAGCUAGAGCGUCAGCUCAGUGGAUUCAGAUAUUCAAUAGCCGAUGGGUAUUCUGCUUUUAGUGAAAGAAUAAAUAACCCUUCAAAAUAUGGGUUCAAGGAAGGGAAGAUUGCAUGCUGUGGAAGCGGUCCAUAUAGAGGAACACCGAGUUGUGGAGGAAAGAGAUCAGUGAAAGAGUAUGAAUUAUGUGAGAAUGCUAGUGAUCAUGUGUUCUUUGACUUUGGUCAUCCGUCUGAAAGGGCAAACCAGCAGUUUGCUAAGCUUAUGUGGAGCGGAACUCCCGAUGUUACUGGAGCUUACAAUCUCAAAGCUCUGUUUGAGCUCUGAUUGUAGAUGUGAUAAACUACAAG